AUGCAUUUUAUCCCAUCUGGUCACCGACACUGUCAUUUCGAAUCAAUAGUGAUCGCCCUAAUUCUACUCAUACCGACGAGCUAUGCAACAUGUUACUGGCCAAAUGGGGAUACCCAGGACGACUAUGUGCAGUGUCCAAGCGGACUAAGCUGUUGCUUGAAAGGCGAGACGUGUUUAUCGAAUGGGCUCUGUUUUACCGCGAACUUUGGGAUUCUCUACCGCGGCGCCUGUGCCGAUGAAUCUUGGCCGAUCGCAGAAUGCCCUCGAGCAUGCUACACAGAGAUCGAUUCUGGCUGGGCAAAUCUAUUCCAGUGCAAUACAUCAACUGACCUAUUAACAUGCAACCAUGACUACACAUCCGCUGGUGUUGUCUGCAAUGGAAAUGGAGUGGGCACGUAUGAUGGAUACACCAGCGCCAACGUGACGGCAGCCCAAGUUGGUAUAACAGACGAUGCAACGACAACCAACACCACGAAUACGACGUCGACUUCUGAUAAUGGCUCAACCAAGACCGGUUCUUCAAAAAUUACAGUUACAACAUGCCCUUCAAUCACAUCAUCUAAGAGUAACUCCGAGCUUCUUGUCUUGGGUAUUGGUCUUGGUGCGGGAUUGGGCGUACCCCUGUUAAUAGCGACAGGGCUCCUGUUAUAUUGCAGUGGCCAGAAUCGAAAACAGAAGAAGGAAAUCCAGCGAAUAUCUGAGAUUGCUCCGACUGUUAGGCCCCAAACCUGGAGACCGGAUCGUUCAAAUCGGGCAGAGUUAUAUACUUCCUUUGUAUACCCAGAACUGGAAGGCUCAAAUACUGGUAAGACGGAGUUACCAGGGUCAUGCCCAUCUUAUAAAAAUUAA